CAGCGUCAGCAUCCUGAUGAAGAAACAACAGAUGCUGGAGAACCAGGUGGAGGUGCGUCAGAGGGAGGUGGAGGAGCUCCAGUCUCAAGCUCAUGUGUUGAGGCAGGAGGGAAAGGACACAGACGAGGUGGAUGGACGCCGGAAGGUGGUGGAGCAGAAGUUUAAGGAGCUGCUGGAGCCGUUGCAGAAGCGGAAAAACUUCCUCAUGGCCUCUCGGGAGAUUCACCAGUUUAACCGCGACAUGGAGGAUGAGAUUCUCUGGGUUGAGGAGCGGAUGCCUCUUGCUACGUCAACAGACCAUGGCCACAAUUUACAGACUGUUCAGCUGCUUAUCAAGAAGAACCAG